UCAACGUGUGCUAUUGAAUCUAUUGACUCAGUGCACUGCUAUAGCCAUAUUGGAACUGUUGAAAAAGUUUAAGGACAUCUCACGCACCCGUAGACAAUAUUGAUCUAGAACGCCGAUUAAUUAACCAAAAGUCUGUUCACGAGGGCACGAUCGUAGCCAGAAAGUUCUUUUAAUUGUGUGAGUCUCUUGAUCAAGUGACAGAAACGCCAUGGAUUAAGAAAAUCUCACCUGUAGUACCUGUGCAGAUUACGAAAGUGAAGGAAGAAGCAAGGCGCGGAAGAUGGCCGUUGACAGUCUGUGUGUGGGGGACUUGGUGUUCCUUUACUCAGAGGACGCUCAUGGAUAUGUCCACGCCACCCAGUCAAGUACCAUCCACUCAGAGGUGGCGGUAGGCGCAGGACAGGACAGAGAGAAACCAAACCUACCAGAUCUUCAGGUUAUUUCAUUUGAGAUCUGUGUAGCUAACAGAUACAAAUUGAAUAAGAAGUACCGGAAAUUAAAACAAAGGCAUGACCAGGAUCCAACUGGCAAAAUAAAGGAGGCAGAGCUUCGAGAUGCAAAGGCUGCUGCUGAUGCUGAGAAUGAGGACAAUAUUGCAGAACAGAGGAGACAGAGGGGGAGAGAGGUGCUCUAUGGGCAGAUUAUACAGUUACGCCAUGUAUUUACCAACAAGUUCAUUCAUGUCAGCUCCACACAGACAUCACGAACAGAAACCAGUAAUAUGAAGGUGGAUCUCCUUAGCUACAAUGCCAAACAUGCAGAGUACAGAAUUAUGCCUCGUUAUAAAGUCAAGUCAGAGGGAGAUAUUGUCCAAGUAGAGGAUCAGAUUGUCCUGGAGAGUGUGAAGACAGCUGGGCAGUACCUCAGUGUUAGCAGGUCACAUUUCAGUGGCAACCAUGUCUAUUCUGGCUGUCAUGAGUUGAACCUGUCUGUGCGUCACUCUGGUUUUACUGUCUACAGACAUCUUAAGCCUGGCCCAGAGAACGAAGACAGACUCCUGCCUGGUGCUCCCAUUCAGCUCUUCCAUAAAGACAUAGAAGCCUAUCUUGUGGCCGAGGGGUCAUUUGAUGAGGCGCUGGUAGAGGAUGUUCAUUUACGAGUACGACAGCUCAAUCAGAACAAUCCACGGACCCUCUAUCCUUCUUCCUCCGCCCUCACGUACUGGCAGGUUGAGGCUGCGGAAAGUGUUAUUAAAGGUGGGGUAUUGAAGUGGGAGCAGCAGUGCCGUCUGAAGCACAUGGUCACUAGGAAGUACCUUACAGUGGACAGCAACAUGAAGGUCACCCUGACCUCCGACACCGAUCGCAGGACCAUAUUUCGGUUACAUCCAGUUAUUAAGGAAGCAGACUCCAUAGACUAUGGUACUUACUGCAGAAUAGAACAGGUGGUUACGGGAUACUGGCUUCACGCUGAACCUGAUGAAUAUGUGAGACAAGACGACAGAGUGCAUUCCCAAGGUGAUGAUACAUCUAUGGAGGGGUUGAAGUGGACAAUGGCCAGCCUGAGAAAGGUGUCUGUAGAAAAAGAAAUGCAGUACAAUGAUGCGUUCACCAUACAAAAAGUGGCCCCAGACCUGGUGGAAAACUUCAACUGCAUGGCGGGCAUGGUGCCUUUUCUACAGAACUUGAUCAAACAGAAAAAAGCUGGUCAGAAUUUAACAGCCAAACAAGCCCAAGACAUCAAGGCUUCCUUGAAAGAGAUGUCCAACUUCAUGUUUCUGAACAGUGAACCCAGUAAGAAAAGGCAGAAACUGCUCAGAAAUCUUCGGAUUGUAGAGCUGCUGGUCAAAGUGUUGCUGAUACCAUAUGUAGGCAGUAAUGACAAAAGAUAUCUUAUAGACAUUUUCAUAGAAGCCUAUGAUGUAAUGAGAGCUUACCUGGUUGGAGAUAGUAGGAAGAAUGAGCUGUACAUUGCUAAGCACAUUCCUUUCUUCCUGGACAGAAUAGAACAGUCUCAGCACACAAGAGACUCCCAUGAAGAAAUGGUCAGUUUACAUGCUGCCUACAUGGUCACUGAGCUGAUUAGGGACAACAGGAAGAUAGUGGACAGGAUGACCACUGCCCACAUUGACAAGUUUAUGAAUUUGUUGAGAACUAAGAAGAACUACCGUUACCUGGAGUUACUCAGUGUCCUCUGUGUUUGUAACAAUAUUGCCAUACCUAAGAACCAGACAUAUAUCACAGAUGUCUGGCUGAAGGACAACCAAAAGCUGGGACCAAAAAGACAUAAUUGUGUGUACCUGACAGAAAUGGGUGAGAACAUUAAGCAGGAACCAGGGGUGGUGUACGUCAAAGUGGACCACAGGUCACAGUGGGUCAAGUUACUGGACUUUGCCAAAAAGGUGGUGAUCACAGACAACUCUGUGAGAGUCCUGCGAGACCUGCAGAGCAAGCUUCCCUUAAUGCGCCGCCUGAUCCACUCCAAGAUGAACGACGCCCAGAUUCAGACCAUGUGUUCUAUCCUGGACCAGCUGAAAGAGUACUGCUGUCUGCCUGAAGAUCCGGCUCAGCCCCAUGGGAUUAACCAGGAUAUUCUGUACAAUCAAGCCAUUCUAGAGGACAUGUUCGACAUCUUGGCCAAAGAAUUUGACGUCAGUCUUGUGGAGCAAUACCGUGGCCUACAGCAGGUGUUCCAGAAGGCUCUAGGACUGCUGACUGUGAUGGCGCGGGGUAACGCCAGCGUCCAGGAGAGGCUGUUCAACCGUCUGGACGUGUUGCUGAAUGUGAAGGGGGCUGAACAGGAGCUGGGGGAGGCUUUGGCUGAGGUAUUCACAGGUAACAAGAUGACAUGCAUGAGGAUAAUGCCUCACCAGGUGAAGCGUGUGAUGGAACUAGUGGCGCAGCACCACCUGGAUGUGCCACAGUUCUUAGACCUGCUGAAUGCCGUCGUCAAGGUCGAAGAGCUGGACCUGCCACUCAAACGUAACCAAGGUUACGUCAUGAAAUAUUUUAUGGAGUACCGCACGGAUGUGGCGGCCAUUGUGGAUAAACACAAAGACAGAUGUGUGGCCCUACUGACAGGAGAGAGGAACAAGGAGAUGAUCUACUUGCUGGCACUGGUGGAUUUACUGGCUACAUGCUCUGAGGGUGAGAAUCGAUUCAUUGAGUCUAUCUGCCAGACCAUCUUCAGCGUGAAUGAGCUUCUGGACAUAAUAACUGACCCCAAGAUCAAUAAUCAUCGCAGGCGGCCAUAUUUGAGGUUUCUGCUCUGGGUCUACGUGAACACUGCCAGCAGUCUGAUCGAGAUUGGAGCAGGGGACAUGCCACAUGACAAGAGAGUUUGGGACUUCAUGAAAAACCUUACCCUAGAGAUGGAAAAGGUGACUGAAUAUGUGAAGGAAAAUCAGACCAAAGCCAAGCAUCAGCUGGAAAUGGGCCCAAGUAGAAAAGACGAGUUUGUAGAAUACUACCAUGGCACCUUACAUUACUUCAUCGAGGCUGUCUUCCCGUUCCUUCAAAUCUUCUUCCGCCAGGUUUACGCCCCAGAGCCAGAAGAUGAGAAACAUCAGCAAGAACCAGAGAUUGUGGACAAGCUAGCUACUGCUCUGGUGGCAUUCGUUGAUGUGUUAGGGGGCUUGAUGAGCAACGAAAUCCACUUACAACGUAUGAUUGCCUGUGCCAGUGCAGUAUUACCCAUGUCUACAGUAGAUCCAGAGGUGAUGCGUGAAUUCCAAGAGCAGUAUGGGGCAGGUGCUUCAGGGUCCAAAGUCCAAAACAAAGCCAAAGAGAACUACAUCAGGGAAUAUCAGGGUGAGGAAGACCUCAAUAUCCAGCUGAACAUAUUUGCCCAGAACUUCAGCAUGGUGUACGGAGGCUUCAAUGACGUCAAGUCACAGAUUGGGUUCCCAAGCGAUGAAGACUACACAGAUGUGGGUGGGGAUGAGGAGCUCCCCCUGGGGAAUGAGUUCCAGAUGAUGGUGAAGUGUUUUGAGAAUACUCAGGAAGAUUUGCAGCCUGCGCAGAGAUAUAUACUGACUAGUAAACUGCUGGAACAGCUUAGAAUCUCGUCCAAGUCGACACUGUCCAUGGAGUCGGAGCGCAUGGCUCAGGAAGUGCUGGACGUGAAGUGCCUGCAGAUAAUGCGUGCUCUGAUACACAACCAGGUGGUGAAGCUACCCCAGGACUGGCAGAGCAACUUCCAUAAACGGAAAGUAAAGAGAUCUAUCCAAAGGCUCCAUGAUGUCCAGACAGCAUUGAAUGACUUUGAAACUCCACACAUUACAAUGUCUCUCCUGGCCAAACCUGGUGAUAACAUUAUCAAGGAAGUGCUCUCUCUACUGGGACUGCUGCUUUUUGGCAGUAUAUCCAAUGUACAGCCUAGUAUAGCUGACUAUUUCACUGGAACUCGUGAAGAAAAGUUUUUCUUGGCAGUCAGAGAACGAAUGCAGAUGUCAGCCAUCAACUACAGAGAAAAACGCGCUCUCAUAGCCCAACACCAGGCAUCACAGGAGCAUAAAAUAGAGCAAUUUAAGACCCUGCUCCGCGCCACCAGGGUGGGAACACAAGUAAUGAACAUUGUUCAGGCUUCCAAUGCAUUCAGGUCAAAAUUAAGCAUGCAGUCCACUGGGAAAAAGAAGAGAGUGACGUCUGCAGCCAAACUCAAGGGCAGAUACAGCAGCCAGAGUCGGCUGGGAAGCAGAACCAGUCUGAAUCACUCUCCAUCCCUCAUGGGUAGCACUGCGGCCAUGUUGUCUGGCGCGAAAAUGAACAAAGGCCUCCUACCGCCUAUAGAGGGCGCUAACGGAGUAGAACUGAAGCAGAUGAAGAAGAAAGACGACAAGCAGCCAUUGUUGACUGGUAGCGGGAACAAGGUUGGCCCCGUUGGUGUUGAGUUGAAGGUGGAGGAUUUUGAUGACAACGAACUAGAAGCUUUGGCCAAGGAAGUGGGUAUAGAGGGAGCCACUGACCUGGACUAUAAAGAUGAGGGCUACAUUACACUGGUCCUCAAAGUACUGGGGGCCAUGUGCGAUGGUCAGUUUGCGGAUUUACAGGACUAUUUGAGGGAGCAGCCAGACAACAUAAAGACAGUGAACUUGGUGGGAGAAGUGACCAAAUUCCUGGGUCUUGUCUAUUCCUCCAUUACCAGCGAACACAUCAAGCUGGUGACUGCUCUCUUCAACACCCUGGUGGAAAUGACUUCUGGUAACGUGACCAACCAAGCCGUGGUGUUUGACAACAAAGUCUGUGAUUACAUCAACUUUAUUCUCCGUGCCGACCACUCCAAGUCCAUUACAGUGGAGGAGGACUUUGAGCUUGCAGACUGUAUAGUGAACCUCAUACUUGCCAUGAUAGAAGAGAAUCACGGCAGCACGGUGGGAGAGUUUGGAGCCAAGAGGGUGGCUGGCAUUGCUAAGGAUGCUGUGGAGUCACUGGACACGGAGAGCAUCUUCAAAAUGGUGGUCAAGUACUACACUAUGUCCCUGGAUGAGGAGAGGUUUGAGGAGGAGGAAGAGAGGAAGAAGUAUGAGGAGCUUGGGUGUAAAUAUUUCCACACUCUUCUGAGGAUGGAGGAUUUGGAUAAGACUAUACAUCCUCAACUUGAGAAAGAAGUGAUCAGAACAGACGAGGACAGGGCUGCCUGGCAGUUCUACAAGGAGGGCACCAUGUCCAUUGAAAUAGUCAAGAAUGACAUGCUGCAGAAAGUCUACUUCAGGGUCAAGAACCAGAAAGUACUUCGUGGAGAAAUCAAGGAGAAGUUUAAAUAUGAAGUGGACCGUUCUUCUCCAACGAACAAACUUCGGGACUUCCUUGCCUGGUCACAGGAAAUCAGGAAAGACAUCAACUACCAGAAGAGGAUCUAUGACAAUCCUCUUGCCAGGUUCUUUGUCAUGUUCUGGACACCAGCCAAUUACAGCAUUAUAUUGAUGAGUUUCUUCUUUGCCAUAUUCACCCUUGUCACAUGGGUAGAGACAGGGGCACACAUUCUAAAUCAAAACACAUCAGAUGUCAUUGAUGACCCCACGCCCAAAUACAGGUACCCGUACUCAGAGGUGGGUCUCUAUGUACUGGGAGGUGUCCACAACCUACUGGCUCUGUACAUCUUGGUCAGCUUCUUCAUCUCCAACAAACCAGUGUUCCCCAGGUGGUGCAGACCAAGGAGUGAUGAUGAUGAGGAGGAUGAAAGCGAUACUUCAAAGUCUGGUGCCAAAGAAGAAUCAAAGCUGGCUGUUCGCUUUUUUAGUUCAAAAACAUUUUAUUAUAUUAUCUUCUUUGUGUUGUCCGUCCUUGGUACAGUGUUCUAUGGCUACACCUUCAGCUUCCAUCUUCUCCACAUCGCUGCCAACAACCAGCUGCUGGCGCGGGUCAUGCAGGCCGUCACCAAAAAUGGCAUGUCUCUGAUACUUGUUGGUCUCUUGAUGGCCAUCAUCUUCUACAUAUAUGCACUGAUCUGUUUUGGGUUCUUUCGCCAUCUGUUUGAUAAUGCCAACGGUUUGUUCUGCUCCACUGUUGGCGAGUGCUUCGUCACCAUAUUGCAUCGUGGGCUGAUUAUCAGUCUCUUUGAGGUUCUGGAGAACCCAGAUGUGAUAGGCGACAAGACAUUUGCAUACUUUGCUGUCAAGUCCCUGUUGGACCUGUCUUUCUUCAUCAUCAUCACCACCAUUGGUCUGAACAUUGUCUUUGGUAUCAUUGUGGAUACCUUCUCUGAGCUUAGGAAUAGCAAGUGGGAGAUUGACAACGACAUGACAACAGUAUGUUUUAUAUGCAGCAGAAGCAGUUAUGACUUUGAGCAUCAAGCAUCGGGAUUUGAGUGUCAUGUGAAAAAAGAACACAACCAGUAUGCGUACCUGUUCUUCUUCAUUCACCUUCACGAGAAACAAAGGAAUGACUACACUUCACUGGAGCUGUAUGUCUGGAAGAAGUAUGUGGAAGAGGAUCUGACAUUCUUCCCGACCAACCGUGCUCUUAGUUUACAACAGGAGGAGAACAGAAAUGAGGCCAUCUUGGAACAGAUGCAAGCGCAGGUCACGUACAUCGUCAGCAAGAUGCAAGAAGAGGAGGCCAACAAACAGAGACUAAUAGAAAAGAAGCAGCAACAACAAUUUCUCCAACAAGAGAAAGCAGAGGUCAGGAGGACAGAAGAACUGUAA